UCCCGCGAGAAGAGCCGCAGUGGCGCGAAUAAACAAGAUCGUUUUGUGUCCUGGAGCCGCGGUAACUAGCUUUCUUCUCCUCGGCACACUGCCCUCAAACGUUUUUGUUCUACUACUCUUCUGAAACUGAUAUCAUCAAAGAGUCUAGAAGACAUAUUUAGGAUAAGUUCGCUUUGAAGGCAGCGGAACAAUGUCGGACGCCUUGUCUGAGGACGGCAGCGACAUCAACCAAGAUGACAGCCAGGAGGAAGUCAUGACUCCGGCGGAGCUGAUCGCCAAACUGGAAGAGGCCUGGCUCAACGAGAAGUUCUCCCCGGAGCUGCUGGAGAACAGGUCGGAGGUGGUGGAGUGUGUGAUGGAGCAGCUGACUCACAUGGAAGCCAACCUGCAGCGGGUGAAGAAGGGCGACGCCAAGGCCGGCUUCCACCGCAUGGAGAUAGACAGGAUUCGUUUUGUCCUCAGCAGCUACCUGCGCUCUCGUCUCCAGAAGAUCGAGAAGUUCUUCCCCCACGUCCUGGAGAGGGAGAAGUCUCGAGGCGAGGGACAGCCGUCUCUGCUCUCCCCGGAGGAGUUCGCCUUCGCCAAAGAGUAUUACGCCAACACAGAAACCUACCUGAGGGCCGUGGCGCUGAAACGCAUGCCUCCGAACCUGCAGGCUGUGGAUAUGCUCAAAGCAGUGCCCGAGCCCUGCCUGGACUCCUUUGUGUUUCUGAGGGUGAAGGAGCAGCAAGAGAACAUCCUGAUCGAGCCUGAAACGGACGAGCAGAGAGACUUUGUUGUGGAUCUUGAGGAGGGCUCGCAGCACCUGAUGCGGUACCGCACCAUCGCGCCGCUGGUGUCAAGCGGGGCCGUGCAGUUAAUCUGAAGCCUGGCAGGUGUCUGCGGUGAUGCCUUUGUUUUUCUCGGCCUCUGAAGAUCCUUUUGCUGUUGCUUUUUUUUUUUUCCCCCGCCGCCCUGUGAAACGGGACAUCUCUAUCAACAUUUAUCACAUCCGAAAACACAAACCCAGCUCCUCGGCUCCUCCCUGGAAAACUUCCGUCCGACAAACACGGAUGCCUUUGUGACACGGCGGCCUCCGGCGACGGCGCGGAAAGGAAGACGGCGUGAAUGGAGCAGAGCUGGGAUGUUAUUUUCGGAUCGCCGUGAUCCAGAGCGCUGCCGUGUGUUUACGUCUGAAGGUCGUUUUUCUCAUACACACCAGAAUAUUAUGAAUACCGUGUUGAUCAGAUUCUCUUCGUCGCUGAAUCAGAAGGACUCAUCGUCAUCGUUAUGGGACGUUUCCUCCGCUGCUCGGCAGCAGGAGGCAUCCUGUGACCUGAAGGGGAAGUUUCCAGUUCACUCGGCAUCACGGUUCCUGCCAUUCGCUGCGUUCUUGUUUGUGUGUGGACCGCGGCUGGUUUGACUGACGCUCAGGCGUCCGGAUGUUCUUCUUAAAAUUCAUAGAAGCUCAGCACAUGCUUCUACGGGCGCAUGCUGACUUCAUCUUCCACAAUCUGCCCAUUUCAUCUUCAGCCUAAUAGACGGGGUGUUCUGUGAGCCGUAAUUACGGAGGCAGCAUUGUUAUGGAAGAGUGUCACAGGGUGCAAUCAGUGCUCAUUAUUUGCCCUCGCUCUAAUUGCUCAGCAGCUGGAACUGAUGGAGAACUGACAGAGAGGGUUCAUGGGAGCAGAGCAGCACGCCGGCUGCUGCGCCUCCGCAGUGAGCUGCGCAUGUUUGUGCUGAAGAAUCAGAAUUGUGUUCAGACCUUUGUGGCAAAUAAAAAAAUCUCAAUGGUG